UUCCAUCAUCCUCCCAUGAAAUCCUCCCGAGGUUACCAUCUUGAUAUCUCAGUUCAGCGACAAUGGCACCUCGACUCCCCCAACCUAUCUCUACCCUUCAAGCACUCUCACGCGCCGCCCCACUUUCAAUCCGCAUCCCAGUUGCGCGCUUGAGUACCAGCAGCAGCGACAGUGUGAUCCAAACUCAACACGUCCCGGCCCCAGGCUCCGGGACCAUUCGCGUUCUUCUUCUCAACCGGCCCAAGGCUCGGAAUGCCAUCUCUCUCAGCCUGUUGGAUGGCCUAUCGCAACAGGUCAAAUCCAUCGCGGCCGAGAACGGCCAAGGGCCGACUCGAGCCUUGGUGCUCGGUAGCAACGUGGAUGCCGCGUUCUGCGCCGGGGCGGAUCUCAAGGAACGUGCCGACAUGAGCAAAGAGGAAACGAGCCAAUUCCUCCGCCACCUCCGCCAAACCUUCACCGCCCUCUCCGCCCUCCCCAUCCCGACCGUCUCCGCCGUCUCCUCCACGGCCCUGGGCGGCGGCCUGGAGCUGGCCCUGUGCUCGCACUUCCGGGUCUUCGGCUCCUCGUGCAUGGUCGGGCUCCCGGAGACGCGCCUGGCCAUCAUCCCCGGCGCGGGCGGCACCUACCGCCUGCCGCGGCUGAUCGGGGUGCACCGCGCGCGCGACAUGAUCCUGACAGGCCGGCGGGUGUCCGGGCCCGAGGCAUACUUCCUGGGGCUGUGCGAUCGGCUGGUGGAGGUCCUGCCGGAGGAGGAGAAGCAGGAGGGCGUCGCGCGGGAGAAGGUGCUGCGCGAGGGGAUCAACCUCGCGCUGGGGAUCUGCGAGGGCGGGCCCGUGGCGAUCCGCCAGGCGAUGAAGGCGCUGGAUGGGUGGGAGCAGGGCGAGGCGGCGGAGAAUGAGGCGUAUGAGGGGGUGAUGGGCACGGAGGAUCGGAUGGAGGCGCUGCGGGCGUUCGCGGAGCGGAGGAAGCCGGUGUUCAGGGGGAGGUGAGUUGGGGUUGGUAGUUCUCACUUUGUGAAAGUGGUGUACACUUUUUGUGAUGCUGAGAGGGUUACUGCUGAGGGGGUUACUGCUGAAGGGGUUACUGCUGAAGGAGGAGGAAAGUAGUGUUGGGCGCGUGAUGAGAUAUCAAGAUUACUACCAUCACGUUUGAGGUGAAAAUGCUGAGUGUGUUGAGUUGUAGUUUAUCUGGGGACUCUCUUAUAUCAAGGCACGGGCCGGUUAUGGAUCGGUU